UUCAUCUUUAAAUAUCUCCAUUCUGUGUCAGUCUUUACAACUUUACAGAUGUACAUUCAUUGGGUAUACAAAUACAACAAUGAGAUAUCUACGUAUUAAUAAACUUUACAGUAUAUAAACAUUUAAUUUGUCCUACCUUUGAAGCCAGGGACGAGAAGGCAUUGAUUCAAAACAAAGUGACGAGGCACGCAUGUUUAAGUAAAUAUUCGAGGAUACCUUAAAAAUGUACAGUGAAGGAAUUGAAAUGACUCGUCAAAUUUCUCCAAAAAGAACAGAAUGAAAAAGCAAAAGGUGCACUACCCGGAUGGCCCAGAAAUUCAGGAAUUUGACGAUGAUCUUCCAGAAAGAUGGCAAACGGAUGAGGACGGUUCUCCGGAGCUUCCAACAGACGAUAGUUACCCGGAUGUAUCGUAUCCAAUGUCUCCUGUACCACUUGAUUCAGCCUAUGGGUACCCAGCCUCUGGAUUCCAGCUAGGUUACCAGCCGCCGCCAAGGCGACCCAACGAAAAGAGACACUCCUUUCAUAUCUACAGACCGGCUUUGCCAUUCUCAGCCAUGGUUCCUGGAGGGGCUACAGCUGGGAGACGCAUAACUAUUGAAGGCGUGGCGGGUCACCAUAAAUUUUCUGUCCAGUUAACUGACUCUUCACAAGUGGACGUGGGACUGUUUUUCAACCCAAUAAUUCACUGGGGAAUGGACUCCGGCAUUGUCAUAAUGAACAUUCGUAGUUUCGGUUGCUGGGGGCAAGAGAUUAGAGAAAAAGACGAUUUUCCUUUUGAAGCAAACGAAAUGUUUACAAUGGACAUCAUUUUCAGGGAGGAUCAUUAUGAGAUAAUUGUAAAUAAACAUACAUAUUUAUUUUACCAUCGACUUCAUCCAAACGAGAGAUUCCAGACUCUGGUUAUAGAGGGUGAUGUUAAGGUUGACCACGUACAAUUCUUAUAA